CCAACAUUCUGUGUGCCCAGCCCUACAUACAUUCUCUUUUCUCCUCAAAGCAGUCCUGUGAGGACAGCAGCCCAGAGAAGGACAGGGACUUGCAAGUUGGUAAGAGUCAGGAUGUGAAGUUGGCUCUGUCAGACACCGGAGUCUACAUUCUUUACAAGAGGUUGUGUGCCUCUGACGGAGCUGUGGGGACACAAAAAAACAGAGGAAGGCAGUCAGUGGGAGGCCCAGCCUGGGUCCCUGUGAGCAGCAGGAAGGAGAUGCGGCUGCUGUUGGCCCUGUUGGGGGUCCUGCUGGGGGCACCUGGGGCUCCAGCUUUGUCCCUUGAGGCCUCUGAGGAAGCGGAGCUGGAGCCCUGCCUGGCCCCCAGCCCGGAGCAGCAAGAGCAGGAGCUGACUGUGGCCCUUGGGCAGCCUGUGCGGUUAUGCUGUGGGUGGGCUGAGCGCAGUGGCCACUGGUACAAGGAGGGCAGUCGCCUGGCACCUGCUGGCCGGGUACGAGGCUGGAGAGGCCGCUUGGAGAUCGCCAGCUUCCUACCCGAAGACGCUGGCCGGUACCUCUGCCUGACACGAGGCUCCAUGCUUGUCCUGCACAAUGUCACCUUGGUUGUGGAUGACUCCAUGACCUCCAGCAAUGGUGAUGAGGACCCCAAGACCCACAGAGGCCCCUCGAAUGAGCACAUUUACCCCCAGCAAGCACCCUACUGGACACACCCCCAGCGCAUGGAGAAGAAACUGCAUGCAGUGCCUGCCGGGAACACCAUCAAGUUCCGCUGUCCAGCUGCAGGCAACCCCACGCCCACCAUCCGCUGGCUCAAGGAUGGACAGGACUUCCAUGGGGAGCAUCGCAUUGGAGGCAUUCGGCUGCGCCACCAGCACUGGAGCCUGGUGAUGGAAAGCGUGGUGCCCUCGGACCGUGGCACAUACACCUGCCUUGUGGAGAACUCUUUGGGCAGCAUCCGCUACAGCUAUCUGCUGGACGUGCUGGAGCGGUCCCCGCACCGGCCCAUCCUGCAGGCGGGGCUCCCAGCCAACACCACAGCUGUGGUGGGCAGCGACGUGGAGCUGCUCUGCAAGGUGUACAGCGACGCCCAGCCCCACAUCCAGUGGCUGAAGCACAUUGUCAUCAACGGCAGCAGCUUCGGUGCCGAUGGCUUCCCCUAUGUGCAAGUCUUAAAGACAGCAGACAUCAAUAGCUCGGAGGUGGAGGUCCUAUACCUUCGGAAUGUGUCUGCUGAGGAUGCAGGCGAGUACACCUGCCUGGCGGGCAACUCCAUCGGCCUUUCCUACCAGUCAGCCUGGCUCACGGUGCUGACAGAGGAGGAUCUCAUGUGGACGGCAACAGCACCUGAGGCCAGGUACACGGACGUCAUCCUGUACACAUCAGGCUCUCUGGCUUUGAUGGUGCUCCUGCUUCUGGCCGGGCUGUAUCGCAGGCAGGUGCUCCUCGGCCGGCACCCCCGGCAGCCUGCCACUGUGCAGAAAUUGUCCCGCUUCCCUCUGGCCCGACAGUUCUCCCUGGAGUCAGGCUCCUCAGCCAAGUCAAGCUCGUCCCUGGUGCGGGGUGUCCGUCUCUCCUCCAGUGGCCCCCCCUUGCUUGCGGGCCUCGUGAAUCUAGACCUACCUCUCGACCCACUGUGGGAGUUCCCCCGGGACAGGCUGGUCCUGGGAAAGCCCCUGGGCGAGGGCUGCUUCGGGCAGGUGGUGUGUGCAGAGGCCUUUGGUAUGGACCCCAUCCGGCCUGACCAAGCCAGCACUGUGGCCGUCAAGAUGCUUAAAGACAAUGCCUCCGACAAGGAUUUGGCAGACCUGGUCUCUGAGAUGGAGGUGAUGAAGCUGAUUGGCCGACACAAGAACAUUAUCAACCUGCUGGGUGUCUGCACCCAGGAAGGGCCCCUGUACGUGAUUGUGGAGUGUGCCGCCAAGGGAAACCUGCGGGAGUUCCUGCGGGCCCGCCGCCCCCCAGGCCCUGACCUCAGCCCUGACGGGCCUCGGAGCAGCGAGGGGCCACUCUCCUUCCCUGCCCUGGUCUCUUGCGCCUACCAGGUGGCCCGGGGCAUGCAGUACCUGGAGUCGCGGAAGUGCAUCCACCGGGAUCUGGCUGCCCGCAACGUGCUGGUGACCGAGGACAAUGUGAUGAAGAUCGCUGACUUUGGGCUGGCCCGCGGCAUCCACCACAUUGACUACUACAAGAAAACUAGCAACGGCCGCCUGCCUGUCAAGUGGAUGGCACCUGAGGCCUUGUUUGACAGAGUCUACACACACCAGAGUGACGUGUGGUCAUUUGGGAUCCUGCUGUGGGAGAUCUGUACCCUCGGGGGCUCCCCGUACCCUGGCAUCCCAGUGGAGGAGCUGUUCUCGCUGCUACGGGAGGGGCAUCGGAUGGACCGGCCCCCACACUGCCCCCCAGAGCUGUACGGGCUGAUGCGUGAGUGCUGGCACGCAGCACCCUCUCAGAGGCCCACUUUCAAGCAGCUGGUGGAGGCACUGGACAAGGUCCUGCUGGCCGUCUCUGAGGAGUACCUCGACCUCCGCCUAACCUUUGGACCCUACUCCCCUGCUGGUGGGGACGCCAGCAGCACCUGCUCCUCCAGCGACUCUGUCUUCAGCCACGACCCUCUGCCCCUGGGGCCCAGCCCCUUCUCCUUCCCUGGGGUGCAGACAUGAGCAGGGGCACAAAGUUGUAUGGGCAGGCCGGCCAGCAGCCUUGGGCCUCCUGGCUGAGCCGCAAGCUGGUGGUGCUUGACCUUGGCACCCCCAGGCCCUGACCUAAAGGUACUGUCCCAGAUCUCUGGUUCUGCUUUGGGGAGGUCUGUCUUUGGUCCUGGGGUCCCUAGUUGAGACUCCUGCUCUGGCCUCUGGGUCUCAAGCCAGAGUUCAACCCCAGUCUCAAGGCCUUGCCCUUGCCUUGGAGUCAUGGCCCCAGUGUUCUAAUGGCUUGUUAAGGUUCUGCUUGGCCUCCUGGGCCUUGGCACUCGGUCCUUGUUACAGGGCUUUGGUUGGACCUGGCUGUAGGGCUGUCCUAAAUCUCCCCACUUCCCUACACCAAGAAAGGUCUUGGGCCUUUGAACCCCAUUUCCCCAGGCCUCCCCUGCCUCCCCUCUGCUGCUUAUCCCAGCAUCUCGGUGGAAGGAGCACUGGCCCCUUUGCUAGCUGAGAGGCUGGAAGCCUGCCAAAACACAGAAGCAA